UGUAGAACGUUUACUAGUUAGUCAUGGGAAGAGUUUACUUGUUAGUUUUAGUAAUCACAACCUUUUUGCUGUUUACCACAAGCAGCACAGAUACCAGAUGCAAGCUUCGGGGUAAAAAGGAGAGGAAAACUAUUUCGAAGCAUCAACAAUGCCUCAAAAAAGGUUUUAAGUCGACUUUAACCGGAUGCACACCGCAAAACGGGAGCCUAUCCAAAAGAAUAGAUCGGAAGUGCCGAAAAGUAGAGACCCAGUUGAAAAGUUGUGAAUAUACAUGUCCCAGCUCAGCCAUCACACUGACGAUGGAACCUCUUAAUAUAAAGAAAGAAGAAUCCGAGAUAGCCACAUUUACAUGUAUCACGACAGUGCCAAAACCUACGAAAAUCUACUGGCAAAGAUUUGUCCUAAACUCAGAUGGUUACAAAGAUAUCACCGAGCUAGCCACUCAGGAUAUUAAUCCUUCUGAGAAAGGAUGGAAAGUUAAAAGUGAGCUGAAGGUUGGUCCCCUGGGUUUCUAUGACGGGGGUAACUACAGAUGCUCACUGCAAGAGUUUCCUGCUACUGCUGAGACUUUUCUUGCAGUUAAAAGCAAUGCAGCUCUGACAAUCAACCCGCUAGAGUUAAAGAAGGAAGAAUCCGAGACAGCCACAUUUACCUGUAUCACGACAGUACCAAAACCUACCAAUAUCUACUGGCAAAGAUUUGUCCUGAACUCAGAUGGUUACAAAGAUAUCACCGAGCUAGCCACUCAGGAUACGACUCCUUCUGAUAAAGGAUGGAAAGUUAAAAGUGAGCUUAAGGUUGGUCCCCUGGGUUUCUACGACGGGGGUAACUACAGAUGCUCACUGCUAGAGUUUCCUGCUACUGCUGAGGCUUUUCUUGGAGUUCAGACAAAGCCCAAAGGAAAUAAUAUCUCGUAUAUGUAGAGGAGUGGAUUAUCAAAGAGAGAGCUGGAAUACGAAUAUUCUGAAGAUGAUAAUAGCGUUAAGUAGCAAAAUGUAUUUUUGACAUGCCGACAAUUAUACUAGUCUUAUUUUCAGAUCUCACGUUACAAGCCAUGUAACAUAACAAUACUACUACUACUACUACUAUUAAAGCAUUAUAUAAUAUAAUACUCGUUAACCAUCCCUGUUAUAAGAAUGUUAUAAGACCCUAGUGUUUCUACUACUACUAUGUCGGAACUAAGUCCUAUCUACGCCAGAUAACCCCCUCCAUAUAUCCCUGUUCCUCAUCAGGGCUCGCAGUUCCUCUUUAGAGUUUGUCCCAACUUCCUUCAGUAACAUAGACAAGUAACAUAACAAUACUAAUAGUUCAAUCGAAUCAUAUCAGUGCAAUGGCCAGCGUCAUGCAAUAGCAUUGAUACGAAGCCAGUGGAACAAAUAAAACACACUUAUCAUAGAUUAAGACGAUAAAAUAAAAUUUGAAUUGUUAUGACAUAAUAAUGUGUCUUCGUCAUAAGAACCGUUCAAAUUAAAGCAGUG